CUGUACUUCCGUGACCUCUGUCAGGAGAUGCGCGCCCGCUAGAGGGGGUAUUCUUUUACACUCAAGGAGUGAAACAACGGUUUACGAUAACGUUACAACAUUUAACAUGCAUUUUAAUUCUACUCGAAGAAAUGAAAGGUAGCUAUGAUUUGAGAAUAAUUUGUGUACACGCAGGAAAAUGCUUUAGCUUCCUAGCUAGCUAACUAUCCUAUUUAGCUGCAGAACUAGCUAGCUACGCUAUCAAACUAGCUAGUUAAUAAACGUGCUAGCUAGCUAAAGUUGUCGACGGUUGUACCAGUCAUCUUACCCUCUCAUCUUUAACAUGACAUGUAUACAUAGUCACAGAAACACAGUCAGUGUACUCAACUUGGAGUCAGGGUGCACAACACGAGAGCCUGAUGCGCAUACUGAAACUCACUGUUUUGUAAACAUGUUGACCUUUGCCCCUUUUGAGAUGUUGACAGACUUGGUAUCUACUAUCCUGUGUUACAGGUGGUUGUCCCUGUAGUAACUUAUGCAGCAGUGAUGGCUGUAGACGUCCACAACAAGGGUGUACCGUGGGAGGUCCAGCAGAAUGGCACCCUGGCACCAGUGGACCGUCUCCGCAAUGAGAGGUCUGAAAGCCCCAUGCCAGGCCUGGUGGAGGGCACAGAACCAGGUGGGCAUGGCUACUCAAAUAAUGGCAUCACUUUCCAGUGACCGAUAUCCACUUGUAGCCUACUUACUGUAGAUGUCAUGUUACUACAGACCAGCUCCCCUGUCUGAAUUACACAUCCAGUCAUAGUUCUGAACAAUGCAACUUUAUGGUGACAGAAAAUGUAUAUUUAUCUAAUUGAAAUAUGUGUCCACUUGAACAGAGGGUAAAUAGGCUGCUUAUGAUAUUGCACUUGGCCAACUAUGGACCUAAAAAUAAUUAUUAUUAUUUUCAUUGGAAAUAGUUUCAAAUAAAUACUUUACAAUCCACAUUCACUAUUGAUUGGGCUAACAGCUCUUGUUUCACGAGAGAGACCGCAGCAUGAAAUAACUGUUGAAUCUACCAUUUACUCAAUUUCAUCAUGUGACGUUUUCCAAGAAACCGCUUUGACACAUUUUGAACCAUGCUACCUCUGUGACCAAACCGCCAGUGUGUUGGCUGGAUAAGAGGGAGUAGGAAUGUCGCUGCACAAGAGCUCACAUGUAUCCUUUCUCAUCCACAUACCUUGCUUCCUGGAUUUAGAAUAAGUGGUCUUUGAAAUAAGUGGUAGGCUUUGCUUGUCUUAUUUGUUCUGUUUCAGACUAUGAGAGUAUGUUGGAUUAUGAUUGAUAUGGCACAUUUUUUUAUUUGCCUUCUCUGAAAGUCAUGAUACAGAUUUGUUUUAGGGAAGGAAAUACAGUAGCCUAUUCAUCAGGAGUGAUUAAUGCUGCUGGCUCUGCUGAUAAAAACAUUAGCAUUACUGAGAAAAUAGGACUCAAUUAGAACUGGUAGGCUUUUGUUGGCUUGCACCACCAGUGUUGAAUCUCUGUCUUUUUUGGUUUAUGACUUUCAACUUUCUUUUAAAACAGGGGUUCUCAAACUUUUUGGGUCUGGAGACCCCUUUUGUGAUAGCAAAUUCUUCAGGGAUCCCCUUAAUAAUAAUAUGCCAUUUAGCAGACGCUUUUAUCCAAAGCGACAUGCAGUCAUGUGCGCAUACAUUUUUACGUAUGGGUGGUCCCGGGGAUCGAACCCACUACCCUGGCGUUACAAGCGCCAUGCUCUACCAAUUGAGCUACAGAGGACCCUUGUAAUCAGAACACAACUCGAGUGGGAUAAAAAUGGCAUACAAUGAGUUUUGUUUGACCAAUACUUUGGCAGUGCAUGGCCAAUGAACCAAUUAAGUCUUAUGCCCUGGAAAGGAACUUUUUAAAGGCCCGCCUCUUGGCAUCGACAUAAUUUCCUGUCCUAGAGAUGAAAUGCAUCUUGAGUUUUUUUUUUUACUACACCGUAUUCAAAAGAUUUGCCAGUUGGCUCUAUGGCUGGUUCUGGAGCUGGAUUUGUGAUAAGGAACAACUUUGCCACAGAUGGAAACAACUGGCCUAUCUUUGACUUUGCCAUCUAUUGUUAUCUCCAAAGUUUUGGCGUCUUCCAUAAAUUGCGGCCGCGAAUCCGCCUUAGAAAUAGUUAGAAAAAAUAAGAUGAAGCUCCGGUAAUAUGGAUAACUAUUGAAAGAUUGUUUGCCGGCCCUAUUUUAAUUUGCUCCAUGGCUCAAGCGGCCAGGUGGACACAAGGCUAUUUGGCUCAUCUCAGUCAUUAAGAGGAAUAACUUUGGAAAAAUAAAAACACCGUAUUCACAAGGAUUUGCAUGAAGUAGGCAGUUUGGAUUUGUCACUUCAAGCCAAAUAUGUCAUACUUUGACUAAAACGAUGACUUAUCGACACGCAACAUUUACAUUUUAGUCAUUUAGCAGACGCUCUUAUCCAGAGCGACUUACAGUUAGUGAAUACAUAUAUAUAUUUUUUUAUACUGGCCCCCCGUGGGAAUCAAACACAACCCUGGCAUUGCAAACGCCAUGCUCUAUCAACUGAGCUACAUCCCUGCCGGCCAUUCCCUCCCCUACCCUGGACAAAUUGUGCGCCGCCCUUGAGUCUCCCGGUCGCGGCUGGCUGCGACAGAGCCUGGAUUCGAACCAGGAUCUCUAGUGACACAGUUAGCACUGCGAUGCAGUGCCUUAGACCACUGCGCCACUCAGGAGCACAACAUAUUGGGUAAGCACUGGCCAUUGUCUUUAAGUUCGAAAAAGUGGAUUUCUACUGAUGUGGGCAUUUAACAGUGGGACAAUCAUUUUUUAAAUCCAACUUUAUUUAUAUAGCACAUUUUAGACACGGAUGCAACGCAAUGCACUUUACAGAAAAAUGAAUAAAAACAAUAAAAAGAGAACGAGACAGACAAUCUUGUCACGCCCUGGCUCUGGGGACUCUAAUAUGUUGAGCCAGGGUGUGUAAAGUAUAUGUGUUUUGUUCUAGGUUUCACAUUCUAGUAUUGUUUGUCUAUGUUGGCCAGUGUGGUUCUCAAUCAGAGGCAACGUGAUUCAGCUGUUGCUUGUUGUCUCUGAUUGAGAACCAUACUUUAGCAGCCUGUUUCCCCACAGAGUUUGUGGGAUCUUGUUUCUAGUCUGUUGUGUUAGACCGUGAACUGUCACGUUAUCGUUUUUGUUGUUUUUUGAUCGUGUCUCUAAUAAAGAGUAUGUUUGCCUGCAACGCUGCGCCUUGGUCCUCAUCUCUGUUAGACGAUCGUGACAAAUCUGUAGAUAACAGCCAUGGGAGUUCAAACAGGAAAAGCAGAGAACAAGUGAGGACUGUACAGUCGUGGUCAAAAGUUUUGGGAAUGACACAAGUAUUGGUCUUCACAAAGUUUGCUGCUUCAGUGUUUUUAGAUAUUUUUGUCAGAUGUUACUAUGGUAUACCGAAGUAUAAUUACAAGCAUUCCAUAAGUGUCAAAGGCUUUUAUUGACAAUUACAUUAAGUUUAUGCAAAGAGUCAAUAUUUGCAGUGUUGACCCUUCUUUUUCAAGACCUCUGCAAUCCGCCCUGGCAUGCUGUCAAUUAACUUCUGGGCCACAUCCUGACUGAUGGCAGCCCAUUCUUGCAUAAUCAAUGCUUGGAGUUUGUCAGAAUUUGUGGGUUUUUGUUUGUCCACCUGUCUCUUGAGGAUUAACCACAAGUUCUCAAUGGGAUUAAGGUCUGGGGAGUUUCCUGGCCAUGGACCCAAAAAUUCGAUGUUUUGUUCCCCGAGCCACUUAGUUAUCACUUUUGCCUUAUGGCAAGGUGCUCCAUCAUGCUGGAAAAGGCAUUGUUCGUCACCAAACUGUUCUUGGAUGGUUGGGAGAAGUUGCUCUCGGAGGAUGUGUUGGUACCAUUCUUUAUUCAUGGCUGUGUUCUUAGGCAAAAUUGAGAGUGAGCCCACUCCCUUGGCAGAGAAGCAACCCCACACAUGAAUGGUCUCAGGAUGCUUUACUGUUGGCAUGACGCAGGACUGAUGGUAGCGCUCACCUUGUCUUCUCCGGACAAGGUUUUUUUCCGGAUGCCCCAAACAAUCGGAAAGGGGAUUCAUCAGAGAAAAUGACUUUACCCCAGUCCUCAGCAGUCCAAUCCCUGUACCUUUUGCAGAAUAUCAGUCUGUCCCUGAUAUUUUUCCUGGAGAGAAGUGGCUUCCUCGCUGCCCUUCUUAACACCAGGCCAUCCUCCAAAAGUCUUCGCCUCACUGUGCGUGCAGAUGCACUCACACCUGCCUGCUGCCAUUCCUGAGCAAGCUCUGCACUGGUGGUGCCCGAUCCCGCAGCUGAAUCAACUUUAGGAGACGGUCCUGGCGCUUGCUGGACUUUCUUGGGUGCCCUGAAGCAUUCUUCAGAACAAUUGAACCUCUCUCCUUGAAGUUCUUGAUGAUCCGAUAAAUGGUUGAUUUAGGUGCAAUCUUACUAGCAGCAAUAUCCUUGCCUGUGAAGCCCUUUUUGUGCAAAGCAAUGAUGACGGCAUGUGUUUCCUUGCAGGUAACCAUGGUUAACAGAGGAAGAACAAUGAUUUUAAGCACCACCCUCCUUUUAAAGAUUCCAGUCUGUUAUUCUAACUCAAUCAGCAUGACAGAGUGAUCUCUAGCCUUGUCCUCAUCAACACUCUCACCUGUGUUAACGAGAGAAUCACUGACAUGGUGCUUUUGUGGCAGGGCUGAAAUGCAGUGGAAAUGUUUUUUUGGGAUUAAGUUCAUUUUCAUGGCAAAGAGGAACUCUGCAAUUAAUUGCAAUUAAUCUGAUCACUCUUCAUAACAUUCUGGAGUAUAUGCAAAUUGCCAUCAUAAAAACUGAGGCAGCAGACUUUGUGAAAAUUAAUAUUUGUGUCAUUCUCCAAACUUUUGACCACGACUGUAGAGACUAAUCCAUGGUAAAAACUAAAAGCUGAAAUGUAAUUUAAAAUAUAUAUAUAUAAAAUAUAAAUGAUUUGCUAAAAUAACAAAGACUAAGAGCACCCUAGGCAAAAGCAAAGCUAAAAAGUUUUAAAGAUUUAUUUAAAUAAUGCCCACAGUUUCAGCCCCACUCAGAUUUGCUGGCAUGCUGUUUUGUAUAUUUUCCAGGGGAGAACUUAAAUUCUAGUCUGACCUGGGAAAAGGCUUGGGAACUCUUACGGCAGAUGGAAGUGUCAUCUAGAUUAGAUUAAUAUCCAAACAGGAUAUGAAAGAUGGCCUCCCUCUUUUUCCCCAUUCGCCUUAGGCACUCACGUCAUAGUGCAGUUCUCCUGGAGGCUAUCAUAAUGCACACCACUCAUGACCUCUGUCUGGAAUGGCUGUUAGUGUCAUAGUCAAAGCACAGUUGAAGCAGCUCAGUUCUCUGUCCUUCCAAGAACAUCCAUAAACUGAUUUCACUUUUACUUUAUUACGCUUGUACUCAUUUAAAAAUGUUGCCUGCUAGAUGUCACUGUUAUCAAUUGACAUUAGUAAAUAAUAGUAUAAAAGACAAAUGUUUAACCCAGGGUUUGCUGUCAGGACAGUCAGUUAAGCUAUACAUUUUCCCACUGUAUUCAGAUGUUGAUGAGGAUGGGUUUAUGUACAGAAUCACUGUGUUAAAAACAUUAUCUCAUCGCCACAGGUGCUGGCCAGGAGAGUGCCAUGUUUGUUCAUGCACAGUCCUUUGAAGACCUGACUGCUGACAGUGAGGUGACUACUGAGACUGAACCUGAAGGAGACUCUGUGCUUGGAGAGUCAGCAGAGGAGGAGGCUCUGUGUCUGGGGGCUGAGCAGGAGACCCAGGAGGAGCAGCAGCCGGAGGUGGAGGUAGAGGAGGAGCGCCCAGAAAGCAUGAGUAAGGAAGAGGAUGUGUGCAGUGAGGCCUGGCGUAGCCACAGGAAGCAUGUGUUUGUACUGAGCGAGGCAGGCAAGCCCAUCUACACCCGCUACGGCACGGAGGAAGCCCUCUCCAGCACCAUGGGGGUCAUGAUGGCACUGGUCUCCGUCGUGGAGGCAGACAAGAAUAUCAUCCGCUCCAUUCACGCAGGUAAGUAGAUGAUGUGGGUAGUAUCUCUGUGAAUGGGCAAAUUAGAGUUAGAGUAGCCUUGCAGUUUUUGUCAAUGAAACAUGGUGAACAACUAUGAAGUAGGCUACAUAAUUGAAAGCUCAGUCGGUAGUUCUGUCGGUAAGACAUGCCAUAUUGCAAGAAAGGCUGCACCUAUCUACUAGUACUGUAGAUGUUUCAUUGCCCUCUCAUUCAAAUCUUCUGUUCAAGACGGUUACAAAGUGGUGUUCCUUCGCAAGACUCCUCUGGUCCUGGUGGGCGUAUCCCGGACCUGUCAGUCAGACAGAGAGCUGACGCGUGAGCUGCAGUACAUCUACUACCAGAUCGUCAGCCUGCUCACCCUCACCCAGCUCAACCACAUCUUCCAGCACAAGCAGAACUACGACCUGCGUCGCCUACUGGCAGGCUCCGAGCACCUCACUGACAACCUGCUGCGUCUGCUGGACCGCGACCCGGGCCUGCUCCUCAGUGCUGUCACCUGCCUUCCCCUGGCCAGCUCCACCCGUGACCUGGUCUCCUCCAGCCUUCAGGCCGCCAAGGCCAAGAGCCUGGUCUUCUCCAUCCUCCUGGCUGGGGACCGUCUGGUCACCCUGGUGCGCAAGAAGGACCAGUACCUGCACCACAUGGACCUGCACCUGCUCUUCAACCUGGUGGGCUCCUCGUCAUCUUUCCGCGAGGGCGAAGGCUGGACGCCCAUCUGCCUCCCUAAGUUCAACACUGCUGGCUUCUUCCACGCCCACAUCUCCUACAUGGAGCCUGCCUCUGACCUCUGCCUCAUCCUGGUGUCCACCGACCGGGAGGACUUCUUUAACCUAUCGGAUUGCAAGCGCCGCUUCCUGGAGAGGCUGAGCCGACGCACUGCCUACCAGGCCCUGAAGGAGGCGCUGAAGUGCCCUAGCUACUCUGUCACCCAGGUCGGAAUCCCAGAGCUCAGGCACUUUCUGUACAAGUCCAAGAGCUCAGGGCUCUACACUAGGUGAGCAUGGAUCAUCAGACACACAUGAUGGCUUAUGUGGUUAAAAGUCCUUGUUACCAAUCUCCCAUCCUGGCUUACCACCAAUUCAACCAUUAUGUUUCUGUGUUCUCCAUCAGCCCUGAGCUGCCCUUGCCAUACCAAUCUGUAGAGGAGCAGGAGAGGCUGAUGGGAUCGUACCAGUACCUCCACAGCCGCUUGCACCAACCGACACGUCCCCUGCGCUCCAUCUACCGCUGUGGAGAGACUGAGAACCUGCUGGCCUGGGUAAGCAUAGUGUUAUACCAAUCUAUAGAUUUGCAUACAUUGUUAUACAUCUCAUCUUAUUGAUACCAUCUUUAGAUGUUAAAAUGCAGUCUUGCAGUGCAUAAUAAAGAUAUUGGUUCAUAAGGAUCUCUUCAGGGGAUAUCUGUAGUACCAUGGUUAUUAAUCUCCCCUUUAAACCCUCUUCCACCACCUCUACCCUACCUUUCCUUUAGGUGACCAGUGGCUUUGAGCUCUACCUCUGUUUCAGUCCCCUUGGGACCAAGGCCAUGGCCGUGGCUGCUGUUAAUAAGCUGCUGAAGUGGAUCAGGAGGGAGGAGGACCGCCUCUUCAUCCUUAGUCCCCUGACAUACUGAGCCCCCAGGCCCCCAGCUGACCUAGCUACAGUUCCAAGAAGCCCUGGCCCUCUAAACCUGCCUCAUGACGUUGAAGUCUGAUGGAAACUAUUGGAGGCCAUGGAUGUAAUGCCAACAAACCAUCAUGCAUCACUGUUGUGCAUAUGCAGUCUGUGUUUGCUCUUUGCAGACCCUUCAGUCUAUGGUCAUCAGGGGGUCAAAUGAGGUCAUCACAAUGAGGGUACAGCUAUGUUUUAUCAAACGUAAUGUUAUGAUUUUAAUUGUUUGGUUUAACUACGGUGAUUGCCCUAUGGGAAUUGAGAGAUACACAGCAGACAUUUCAAUUAAUAACAAUAACAAUGCCCUGUUGCUAUAAGAUUAUUAUUUUAAACUGUCACUGUAUGGAAUCACUACCUGGACAUGGGGAAUGCUGUGUGUUGUUUUAGCAGUAACCUACAAACAUAGCCAAUAGAGACUGACCAUCUUGAAAAGGAACUAGAUUUGUUUUUGUCUUGUCUCUAGUAUGCGCCUGACAUGUAAAAUUAUUAUUUGUGUCUUUAUUUGUUGCUUGGAUUAAUGUUUUGGAUCAUGGAUUUUCACCAUCAAAGAUGAUGUAAUUGGCAAAGUAUCUUUAUUUUAAGAUGGGAAUCUCUGAGGUGUCUGUAUUAAUAUGAUUUUUGUUGUUAUCUCACAAAUUAUAAGUGUUUCAUGGGGUCCAUCCCAUUUGAUUAAGAAAAAUACUGUAAUUUUCACAUUCACCUUGAGUCAUCAAAAGCCUUCCCUCACAUUUCAUGCCUUACCUAAUUGCCUUCAGAGUUGUGCUAAACUAAUGGGGUGUGAUGACUGGAGCUUAUUAGGGUAUUGUAGCUGAUUAAUUUGCAGUGGUAGAAAAUGUACCCAAUUGUCAUACUUGAGU